ACUAAUGUUGUACUGAAUCGUAAAAAGAGCAAAAAAGAAACGAAGCGCACCGUCUUAGGAUCUGUGACGGUCUCAUAAGCCGGUGACCCAAUCGACUAUUAACUGUAAACCGGGGCCAUUUUAGUUGCUGCUAAUCGCUCGCUGCUUUUGAAGGGAGGAAACUCUUAUCAAAUCCAAUGGCCGCCAUAUUAGCUCGGAAAUCUCUCUCUGCUCUUCGCUCUCGUCAGCUUGUUUUGGCAGGACAAGCAUGGCAAGGGACUAAUGCAUGUAACAGAACUCUGCUUGGUACUCGAACAUUUGCUACCAAGCAUUCGUUUUCAACUGACAAAGAUGAUGAAGAACGAGAACAGCUAGCAAAGGAACUAUCCAAAGAUUGGAAUUCAGUCUUUGAGCGAAGCAUAAAUACACUGUUUUUGACUGAAAUGGUUCGAGGUCUGAUGCUGACACUCAAGUACUUCUUUGAAAAGAAAGUGACUAUUAACUAUCCAUUUGAGAAGGGACCUUUAAGCCCUCGUUUUCGUGGAGAACACGCCCUUCGACGUUAUCCUACCGGAGAGGAAAGAUGCAUUGCAUGUAAACUUUGUGAAGCUAUUUGCCCUGCUCAAGCUAUCACUAUCGAGGCUGAAGCGCGAGAAGAUGGGAGUCGUCGAACUACUAGAUAUGAUAUUGAUAUGACAAAGUGCAUCUACUGUGGAUUCUGCCAAGAAGCCUGUCCUGUUGAUGCCAUUGUUGAGGGGCCUAACUUUGAAUUUGCAACUGAAACUCAUGAGGAACUCCUUUACGACAAGGAGAAGCUUCUUGAGAAUGGAGAUCGAUGGGAAACUGAGAUUGCAGAGAAUCUGAGAUCUGAAAGCCUAUACCGCUGAGUUCGUUUGUCAAAGAUACACUGCAAAUUCUUGCUUUUAAGAAAUUUAUAAAAUAAAAGGAUUUGCUGAAUGUUGGUUAUUGUUCUUCCACCUGUCUUAUCUUGUGACAAUCUGAAGACGGGUGCUGCUGCUGUUCUGUAAUUCCGUUGGGGGCAAGAUGACUUAUUUGUAGAGUAAUAUCCAUGGCCAUAGAUUUAAGUGGCUGUAGCACUGCAAUUUAAUCAUUGGUUUCUCCUUCGGUUAGAAGGAAUUGGGGUGGGAUUCACCUAUGUUUUUCUCCUGUCACCAAUGGGUCCUUCAUGGAAAGGUCCUUUGAUAUGAAACCAUGAUACUAAGACGAAUAGUAGCUAUGACUGUUCAAAACUUCAAAUUACCGCUCAAAUUGGAUCUGGAUGAAUCAUCUGGUGCUACAGGGUUAAAGUUUGUUCAUUUUCUA